UAUAAUGAAAUAAAUAUCUUGGUCUCCAGAAAUUUCUCAAUGAUUUCUCCUUUAUUACCUUUCCAGGUUGGCAACUUAAUUGGCUACUAUAAAUUAAACCUUCCUUAAACCCUCCGUAAUAUAACCAAGAAACAGUCAAAAUUACGUACAAAAAACUCUGAUUUUGUUGGUUUUUGAUCUCUGAAUCUGAAGAUGAUGAGCCGUAGUGGAAGCAAGUUAUUGGGUAAUUCCAUGUUGGCCGUGCUGGGGCCUCGCUUGUUCUCUUCUGUAGCCACUCGUACGGUGUCCGGAGAGUCGGCGGCUACCGGGAUCCUGACGGGUUACAAUUACAAGCUUGGGAUUGUUGCCGUGAGAAAUAGGAGUACUUUGGUUUUGGGUGAGAAGGAACAGGAGGAGAAGCAACAAGCGAAGGAAACAGCCGGUGACGGUAACAAUGACGAAGAGAAGAGGAUCGUGAGUUACUGGGGUGUUGAGGCUCCUAAGGUCACUAAAGAAGAUGGUACGGAAUGGCGAUGGAGCUGCUUUAGGCCAUGGGAGACCUACAGAGCUGACUUAUCAAUUGAUCUGAAGAAACACCAUGCGCCUGCAACAUUUUUGGACAAAAUGGCUUUUUGGACUGUCAAAUCUCUCAGAUGGCCAACAGAUUUGUUCUUUCAGAGGAGAUAUGGAUGCCGGGCAAUGAUGCUUGAGACAGUUGCGGCGGUGCCUGGAAUGGUGGGAGGCUUGCUGUUACACUGCAAGUCAUUGAGGAAAUUCGAGCACAGCGGCGGCUGGAUCAAAGCACUUUUGGAAGAAGCAGAGAACGAAAGAAUGCAUCUCAUGACUUUCAUGGAGGUGGCGAAGCCCAGAUGGUAUGAGAGGGCUCUAGUUUUUACAGUCCAAGGCGUAUUCUUCAAUGCCUACUUCUUGGGGUAUUUGAUUUCUCCGAAAUUCGCUCACCGCAUGGUGGGGUACCUGGAAGAAGAAGCAAUUCACUCUUACACAGAAUUCCUCAAGGAAUUGGACAAAGGAAACAUUGAAAAUGUACCAGCUCCGGCAAUCGCCAUUGAUUACUGGCGCCUGCCUCAGAACUCGACUCUUCGUGACGUUGUGAUGGUGGUGAGAGCCGAUGAGGCCCAUCACCGUGAUGUGAAUCACUUUGCAUCGGAUAUACAUUAUCAGGGGCGUGAAUUGAGGGAGUCUCCAGCGCCAAUUGGGUAUCACUAAAAUUGAUGUUAAAUGUUUGGUAGAAUAAACAUAUUC